AUGGCUGCAAACGACGGCGUUCCGAGCUUCAAGCUCGUGCUGGUGGGCGAUGGCGGGACGGGCAAGACGACCUUCGUCAAGCGGCACCUGACGGGCGAAUUCGAGAAAAAGUACGAGCCCACCAUCGGCGUGGAGGUGCACCCGCUGGAUUUCAACACGGAGGUUGGGAAGAUUCGCUUUUUCUGCUGGGACACGGCGGGCCAGGAGAAGUUCGGCGGCCUGCGCGACGGGUACUACAUCCACGGCCAGUGCGCCAUCAUUAUGUUCGAUGUCACCUCGCGCCUGACGUACAAGAACGUGCCCACGUGGCACAGGGACAUCUGCCGCGUGUGCGAGAACAUCCCCAUCGUCCUCUGCGGCAACAAGGUCGACGUGAAGAACCGCCAGGUCAAGCCCAAGCAGGUCACGUUCCACCGCAAGAAGAACCUGCAGUACUACGAGAUCUCGGCCAAGUCGAACUACAACUACGAGCGGCCGUUCGAGUACCUCGCGCGCAAGCUCACGGGCAAGGCGGACCUCAAGUUCGUCGGCGACACGGCGCUGGCGCCCCCCGAGGUGCAGAUCGACCACCAGCAGCAGCAGCAGAACGAGGCCGAGCUGCAGAUGGCCGCGCAGCAGCCCCUGCCCGACGACGGCGACGACGACCUCCUGGAGUAG